AUGAUUGAAGGCAGCCAGUACGAGCUCCAGUGUGAUGUUCAGAAUGUUGCUCCUGUUCAUCUCCUCACUGUGAACUGGUACAAAGGACAACAUCUAGUGAAAAGUGUAGAAUCUGAUCACAAUUCCUCCAUAACCCCAGUAAACUAUUCUAAUACACUCUGGAUCUCCACAAGCAAAGAUGAUGAUGGAGUUCAGUACAGAUGUGAGGCAGAACUGAAACUGGGACCAGAAGGACCUCAACCUCCUCCUGUAGUGACAUCAGAUCCUCUCAACAUUACAGUGCACUGUGAUUGUCCCAUUAAACUUCAGCCUGUUAAGUUAGCUGUGGAGUUUGGGGCUUCAGCCUCAGCUAACUGUUCCACAACCAUCAACCACCAUGGCAUGGGCUGGGAGGCAUCGGAGGGAGCAGUAGACAUGGUGGACGAUGUCCAGUUCAUCACCUGGAGGGUAGAGAGCCUCACACACUGGGACAUAGAACCAAUUUGCUACAUCAACACAAACAAGCAGUGCGAACUCACUCUCCAAGUUACUGUUUACAAGCGUCCAGACCGGGUUUCCAUCAGCACUGUGGGUCACACAGGGCCGAUGAUUGAAGGCAGCCAGUACGAGCUCCAGUGUGAUGUUCAGAAUGUUGCUCCUGUUCAUCUCCUCACUGUGAACUGCAAAGAUGAUGAUGGAGUUCAGUACAGAUGUGAGGCAGAACUGAAACUGGGACCAGAAGGACCUCAACCUCGUCCUGUAGUGACAUCAGAUCCUCUCAACAUUACAGUGCACUGUGAUUGUCCCAUUAAACUUCAGCCUGUUAAGUUAGCUGUGGAGUUUGGGGCUUCAGCCUCAGCUAACUGUUCCACAACCAUCAACCACCAUGGCAUGGGCUGGGAGGCAUCGGAGGGAGCAGUAGACAUGGUGGACGAUGUCCAGUUCAUCACCUGGAGGGUAGAGAGCCUCACACACUGGGACAUAGAACCAAUUUGCUACAUCAACACAAACGAGCAGUGCUAUCUCAGUCUCCCAGUUACUGUUUACAAGCGUCCAGACCGGGUUUCCAUCAGCACUGUGGGUCACACAGGGCCGAUGAUUGAAGGCAGCCAGUACGAGCUCCAGUGUGAUGUUCAGAAUGUUGCUCCUGUUCAUCUCCUCACUGUGAACUGGUACAAAGGACAAAGUCUAGUGAAAAGUGUAGAAUCUGAUCACCAUUCCUCCAUAACCCCAGUAAACUAUUCUAAUACACUCUGGAUCUCCACAAGCAAAGAUGAUGAUGGAGUUCAGUACAGAUGUGAGGCAGAACUGAAACUGGGACCAGAAGGACCUCAACCUCCUCCUGUAGUGACAUCAGAUCCUCUCAACAUUACAGUGCACUAUGGCCCAGAAAUUGGGCCAGACAGUUCAACAGAAGUAGUGAAGGAAGGUGGAGCCGUGUCUCUGAGCUGCACUGCUGAGGGAAAUCCAGAGCCUGAAGUGACAUGGAGCUUUCAAAGUAAAACUCGGGUCACUGGGAGGCGGCAAACAACACUGACAAUUUCUGAAGCCUCGCUUGAUGAUGAUGGUGUAUAUACGUGCACUGCUACGAAUGACCUCAGGAGUGACACAAGGACAGUCUCACUGAGGGUAGAAGGUGAUUGUCCCAUUAAACUUCAGCCUGUUAAGUUAGCUGUGGAGUUUGGGGCUUCAGCCUCAGCUAACUGUUCCACAACCAUCAACCACCAUGGCAUGGGCUGGGAGGCAUCGGAGGGAGCAGUAGACAUGGUGGACGAUGUCCAGUUCAUCACCUGGAGGGUAGAGAGCCUCACACACUGGGACAUAAAACCAUUUUGCUACAUCAACGCAAACGAGCAGUGCGAACUCACUCUCCAAGUUACUGUUUACAAGCGUCCAGACCGGGUUUCCAUCAGCACUGUGGGUCACACAGGGCCGAUGAUUGAAGGCAGCCAGUACGAGCUCCAGUGUGAUGUUCAGAAUGUUGCUCCUGUUCAUCUCCUCACUGUGAACUGGUACAAAGGACAACAUCUAGUGAAAAGUGUAGAAUCUGAUCACAAUUCCUCCAUAACCCCAGUAAACUAUUCUAAUACACUCUGGAUCUCCACAAGCAAAGAUGAUGAUGGAGUUCAGUACAGAUGUGAGGCAGAACUGAAACUGGGACCAGAAGGACCUCAACCUCCUCCUGUAGUGACAUCAGAUCCUCUCAACAUUACAGUGCACUGUAAUCAACUCUAAGAAAUGUUCUGUGUUAUUACAUAGCUUUCAACUUCUUUAACUGCAAUUUGCAUUUUGGAAGUAUGACAACUGGAAACAAUCUGGAAAUUAUAACAUAUAGUAGCACUCAAAAUUAUUCAUCACCUGCAACAUGCAAAGUUGGCCAUGUGGAAAAAAUGUAAUGAAAAGAUCUCAACCAAGGCCUUUGAAAACAGUCAAACAAAGUUUAUUAAUACAUAUUUGAGCAAUUCUCAGAACAAAGCUGAGCUUCCUACUAAUAGCUCAAACAAAAAAAAAACAAAUUCUCACCACAAAUAUUCAUGUACAGUAUUAUUCAACCCCCAAAGCCAGUAUAUCAUGGAGCAUUCUUUAAACUUUCUAUCCUCCAAUAAAUGCUUACAAUACAAUACUCU